CUGUCGCCAUUGGUGGGACCCGCUGUUGGUGACGUAGACGGUAGAAACAAGGAAGUUUUGACGGUCUAAACGGUAAAGACAACAACAACAACGUCUCCGUCGGUAACUGCCUAGUGUCAGCGCCGGAGGGACGUCACCGGACUCCGAGGGCAGCAUGUUUCGUAGUCUGGGCACAUGGCUGGGCUUGGACCCCGAGUCAGACUCACAGUCUCCGGGGGAGAAGAGUCAGCAGACACCGAGCACAGAGGAAGAGGGAUCCGCAGCUACCGAGCAGGGAGAACGCGAAGAGCCUGGCGAGACGUCACCUGAGGAGACGGAGGAUGUGCUGUUCAGACAGGCCAAGGGCUUAGGCAAUUAUCUCUUUAACAUGGCUUCAGUCGCCACGAAAAAGAUCUCCGAAUCGGUUACUGAAACUGCUCACACCAUCAAGAAGUCUGUUGAAGAUGGAAAAAUUGAUGGCAUCAUUGACAAGACCAUCAUCGGUGACUUCCAGAAAGAACAGGAAAAGUUUGUACAGGAGAAUACAAAUAAAAAGACAGAAGCUGCAGUUCCCCCUUGGGUUGGCUACAGUGAGGAAGAAACAAUUCAACAGCAGAUCCUGGCCUUGUCAGCAGACAGAAGAAACUUCCUUAGAGACCCUCCUGCCGGUGUCCAUUUUAAUUUCGUCUUUGAGCAGAUGUACCCUGUUGCCCUUGUGAUGCUUCAGGAAGACGAACUGCUGAAUCGUAUGAGAUUUGAUCUGGUUCCAAAACUUGUAAAAGAAGAGGUAUUUUGGAGGAAUUAUUUCUAUCGGGUGUCUCUGAUAAAGCAGUCUGCACAGCUGACUGCACUGGCUGCCCAGCAGGCUACUGGAAAGUCUGAUAAGACAAACGGCAAGCAAAGUGAUGCUGACUUAGAAGAAACUGUAAGACCAAAGACUCCACCAGUAGCUAUCAAGUCUCCACAUAAAACUCAGGAGGAAGAAGAGGAGAUUUCUACCAGUCCUGAAGUUUCAGAAUUUGUAAGUGAAGCUUUUGACUCUUGUAACAUAAAUCAGGAAGACCUGAGAAAAGAAAUGGAACAAUUUGUUCUUGACAAAAAAGAUGAACUCGACACUGCAGAAGAGGAAUCAGAAGACUGGAUAAAGGAAUUGCAGCAAGUGGUUCAGGAAUAUGAAGUAGUCUCUAGCACAGAUAAAAUGAAGGACGAGAACUGGGACAAGGAGAUUGAGGAACUUCUCCAAGAAAAUUAACUGUUUCUUUUCUCUGUGGUUUCCUGGAAAGCUACUUUGCUGAAAUAUAACAUUAGCCAUUCCAUAAUGCAAACUACUCCUGACUCUGUGAAAUGAUGUUUGGGAUUUUUGUGGGGUUUCUGUGAUACACUCUGAGGAUUGCAGUUGAACUUUUCAAUAUGCCAGCUGGAAAAGUAAUGCAAUUCACAUGGACCUAUGGGAAAUCUCUUCCGUUAUAACCUUUUCUGAUAUGGUUUUAUUAUGUAAAAAUAUUUUAUAAGUGAUCAUUUAAUGACUUGAGCAAUGAUUUCAACUUGGGGCAUAUCAGUUUUCAAUUUACAGAUUUUUUUUAACUAAAAUUUAGUUCACUUUAAAUAAAGGUUAGACCUGAAAUCUA